AUGGUGCUGAUGGGAGGGAGGAGAGCUGAAGAGUCUGUUUGUUACAGUAAGAACAACAUCAGGACCCUCCAAUCUCCGACCUCCUUCCUGUUGUUCAGUCAGAAGACGGCCAUUAACCGGAUGGUGAUUGAUGAGCAGCAGAGUCCAGAUAUAAUUCUUCCCAUUCACAGUCUGAGGAACGUCAGAGCCAUCGACUACGACCCGCUGGACAAACAGCUGUACUGGAUCGACUCCAAGCAGAACGUCAUCCGCCGCGCUCAGGAGGACGGGAACCAGAGUAUGACGGUGGUGUCGAGCUCUCUGGGCGGACCCAAUCAGGGUCUGCAGCUGUACGACCUGAGCAUCGACAUCUACAGCCGCUUCAUCUACUGGACCAGCGAGGUCACAAACGUCAUCAACGUCACCCGCACCGACGGCAGUAGGGUCGGCGUGGUGCUGCGAGGAGAACACGACAAACCCAGAGCCAUCGUCGUCAACCCGGAGAGAGGGUACAUGUACUUCACCAACCUGCUGGAGCGCUCUCCGAAGAUCGAGCGGGCGGCGCUGGACGGCACCGAGCGAGAGGUUCUGUUCUUCAGCGGUUUGGGGAAACCCGUCGCUCUGGCCAUCGAUAACGAGGUGGGGAAGCUGUUCUGGGUGGACUCAGACCUGCGACGCAUCGAGAGCAGCGACCUCUCUGGAGCCAAUCGGAUCGUGAUCGCCGACUCCAACAUCCUGCAGCCGGUGGGGCUGACGGUCUUCGGGAACCACCUGUACUGGAUCGACAAACAGCAGCAGAUGAUCGAACGCAUCGACAAGACCACGAGGGAGGGACGCACCAAGAUCCAGGCCCGCAUCACGUACCUGAGCGACAUCCACGCGGUCCACGAGCUGGACAUGAGGGAGUACAGUAAACACCCGUGUACCUGGGACAACGGCGGCUGCUCCCACAUCUGCAUCGUGAAGGGAGACGGGACGACUCGCUGCUCGUGUCCCGUCCACCUGGUUCUGCUGCAGGACGAGCUCUCCUGUGGAGAGCCCCCCACCUGCUCUCCGGAGCAGUUCUCCUGUACCUCCGGGGAGGUGGACUGCAUCCCUCAGGCCUGGAGGUGUGACGGUUAUCCCGAAUGUGACGACAGCAGCGACGAGGAAAACUGUCCCGUCUGCUCCGAGUCGGAGUUCCAGUGUGACAGCCGACAGUGUAUUGAUCUGAACCUCCGCUGCAACGGAGAGAUCAACUGUCAGGACCGGUCCGAUGAGAACAAGUGUGAAGUGCGUUGUCCUCCUGAUCAAUUCACCUGCUCUAACGGUCAGUGCAUCGGGAAACAUAAGAAGUGCGACCACAACAUGGACUGUACAGACAACUCUGACGAGAUCGGCUGCUACCCGACGGAGGAGCCUCCUCCCCCUCCCAACAACACCAUCGGCUCCAUCGUGGGCGUGGUCAUGGCGUUGUUCGUGGUGGGCGCCGUGUACUUUGUGUGUCAGCGCGUCCUCUGCCCGCAGAUGAAGGACGACGGCGAGACGGUCACCAAUGACUUUGUGGUUCACGGCCCGUCCUCGGUGCCGCUGGGAUACGUGCCGCACCCGAGCUCGCUGUCCAGCUCGCUGCCAGGAAUGUCCCGAGGGAAGUCUGUGAUUGGCUCCCUCAGCAUCAUGGGCGGGAGCAGCGGGCCGCCGUACGACCGUGCUCACGUCACCGGAGCGUCGUCCAGCAGCUCAUCCAGCACCAAGGGAACCUACUUCCCCCCGAUCCUGAAUCCUCCUCCGUCUCCUGCUACAGUUCGCUCUCAGUACACGAUGGAGUUCGGUUAUUCCUCCAACAGCCCGUCAACACACCGAUCAUACAGCUACCGGCCGUACACCUACCGCCACUUUGCCCCUCCCACCACCCCCUGCAGCACCGACGUCUGCGACAGCGACUACACGCCGGGACGCAGGGCGCUCAAGUCCGGCGCCACUGUCUCCUCCGCCGCCGCCAAGGGCUACACCAGCGACCUCAACUACGACUCGGAGCCUUUCCCGCCGCCGCCGACGCCCCGCAGCCAGUACCUGUCGGCGGAGGAGAACUGCGAGAGCUGCCCGCCGUCGCCUUACACCGAGCGCAGCUACUCCCACCACCUCUACCCGCCGCCGCCGUCACCCUGCACGGACUCCUCGUGAGCCGCCAGCUCCGCCCCCUCACUGUAAAUAGCAAUUGUGCAUAUAUGAGGUUAAAAACGGGAAGAGAGACUGAACCAGGAGGACGAAAAAAGGAAACAUUUGUACAUUGAAAAAGAGAAAAGCAUAUUUAUAUAUUUUCUAUACAGUGUUUACUGAGGACGCCGCAGAGUUUGUAUCCACACUUUGUACAUUUUAUAAGAAAAGGUUUUAUUAAAAUCAUCACAAAUAUAAGUUGCCUUAACAUGGAGACGAGAGGCUGAAGGACAGGAAGCACACGGUGGACUGAACAAACCAAAUAUGAAACCAUCAGCAGCUGCAGGAGGAGGCGGCGGCGGCGGCCAUCCGUCUGUGGACGCGGUCCCGGGUGUUUGACCUCCUGGGAACGGGUCGUAGGAUCCGCUGUGGAUGUGAGUCGUGUUAUCAAGAAGCAAUAAGGCACAUAUUUAUUAGCCAAUCAGAGGAGAGUAUUGACAAGGCUGCGGGGAUCAAUACGGAGUCCCUGAAGGGACACACGACCUCCUGACAUCCGCCUCUUUUGGGUUUUUUCUUACUAGCAACACUACAAACGGAACAUUGUACGGAGGCCCAGAGGGGACAAACACUUUCUGAUGUAACAUGACUCACAUCCCCGAAAUCAUCGAAUUCAGUGGGAUUUAAACCAAAACAAACGCUCGUGUUUGACUUUCUGUUAACACCUUGUUUUAUUAAUUAACCCUCACAUACGGAGGAAGCAGCGAUCUUGUGCCUGACCAGUCUUCACUUCCUGUUUUAUUUUUACUUUGAGGAAAAAAAGAAACACAAAGGAACCCAGUGCCCACUAAAUGCUCUAUAGUAUUUUUGUACCACAUAUUGUGUAGAUAUCGUAUUUAUAAGCUAUAUAGAAAUCAUUGUAAAUCUAUCAUCGCAGUACUUUUCAUUCCGUCUUUUUUUAUAUUGCCUCAUUAUAUUUUUCUACAGAAUCAGAACGUACGGCGACAAUCUCAGAUCAGUCCAAUCGAAGAACAUAUCCAGGUUUUCAGUGUCUGUUCAUGUAAAGGAAGGACUGUUGUGCCAAAAUAAUCUUUUUUUAAACCGCGGAGGAGGCGGAGAGGCCGGGACCAGCGGACGAGCGCCAGGCGGCGUCCGCUCUGUUGUUGUUUUUGUUGUAAAUCUGUUUCCUCGUGACGAGCAGAAUCUUAUUUUUCGAGAUGAUUUGUUUCGUCGUCUGAUCGAAACGUUUCCUGUCGAAGAGAAAAAUAACACCAGCAUGAAUCUGACAAUCUCUACACGUCCGUUUAUUAGUGUUUCUAACAUCUCGUCUUUUUCCUUUUUAAACACUGAAAGCACAAAAACAACAUCUGUCUUAACGAGGCAUUUUAUUCUUUUAAUUAAAAAAUGUGUUCUGUUCUAGAAAAACAGAAAAUCCUUGAGAAACAAAGAUUUAGUUUAAUAUAAAAAAAACUCUGAAUGUUCGGGGCUGGGUGUCGUUAUCAUCUCACUAUACCCAAAACAUACCUGAGGUUUUUAAAAAAAAAAAAUCUUUUGAGAAAUUAAUUGAACUUAAGAAACCAACAUCUUUAAAAAUAUGGAACUAUUUGAUCAAACUUUAAGAUUUUCAGUAAUAAAAUAUAUUUAUUCGAUACUCAGCCUCCGUAUUCUGCAGGACGUUAUUAUUCAAUUUAAACAUCCUAUUGAAUUCAACUUGUUUCAAGAGAAUUUUUUUAGGACAGAAAAGGGCUAAGUCCCGCCCCCUUUUUGUUUUGUGCUCCAAUCACAGUUAGGAGCCAAUGGGGGCGGGGCUAAGGAAGGAUCAAUAUAUGGAGCCAACGAAGUUCUAAAAGAUAUUUUUAACUUGUGCACAAACUCGUUAUCUAAAGUUUGUUUGUUCAUGAGGUUUUAACUUUUGCUCACAAGACAAAUUAUUAUUGAUAAACUUAUCUUUAGUGUUUGAACAAAUUAUUAUUUUGUGCACACAAGAUAUAAAAAUAUUGUGUCUGUGGACUUUAGGAGCUUCCGUAGCGGAUCUGUUGGGGAUAAAGGUGAAAUGAUGUUUUUACAGUGUAAUAUUGUGCAUAAAUUAAAAACAGUCUUGUUUUAUCUGAACAGAAUCUCAAACCACCGAAACCAGUGACGGUGGUUUGUGUCAGACCAGGACAUAAAUAUGUGUUUUUUGGCUCCCUGCUGCCUCCGUACAUCCUCAACUACCUGUGGUACAAUCAUCAUUUCACAUUGUUCACCUGCGCACAUACACUACAAACAAACAAACAUACAUUUUGGAGACGUUCUCAUUCUCUAACUGCACUUUACAGGACUUUUAUUUUGAAAUGAUUUCUGGUACAGAACUGGUGGUUGUCGAGCAGCCGGAGGAAAGUUUGACCGACUGAGGAGGUUUUUCACUUUCAGCUUCAGAUCGUAUCGUCUGCUCGCUGUCGGGACUUUAAAUCACCCGAAGGCUCCCUCCGAUUAAUAACAUACUUAUUAUAAAUUAUUAGUUUUAAUUAAUCUGUUUAUUAAGGGACAAAAUUAUUAAUUAUACAGAAUGAAUUUAGUUUUUUAAGGACUUGAUUUCAUAUUUGUAAGGUACAUAUUAAUAAUUUGAGUGAACCAGUGAAUCUGAAUUACUAAAUUCAAUAUUGACACUGAUUAGUUUUAUCUAUGAAAGCCCUGAAAGGCAAGUUUUUCAUUUUCUUAUUUCGUCUAUGAAAGGUGAUAAUUUAUUUUAUUUUAUAUUUUUUUCCACCUGUGAAAACAGGUUGAAAAGGGAAAAACUUUUUUUUUUUCAAAAUCAUUUUUCUAAAAAAGAUUUUUUUUUUUUUUUUUCGCCAAAGAUGGAAAAAAAAAAACUUGAACUUUCCUUUCAGAGCUUCCAUAGAGGAAGAGUUUUAAGUUUUGGUUCCGACUCGUUUUCCGAUUUCUUACUUUAAGAAAUUUAAAUUGAUUAAACUGGUUAAUUUAAUCUGGAUAUUUUGGGGCCGGAGAUAUAAAACAAAGGUCUGCUGGCUCCGAAUAUAUUGGCACAUUUUUGAGGACGGACGUAUUGAAACCGUAUCGGUGGGUUUAGUUGGAUACCGGAGCUUUCUACCCUGAGCAGUGGGUUUUCUUCCCGACGCGACAGAUGAAUGUCUGCAGUGAAAGUUUUGUACAGGUUGAGACGAACGUCGGAGGAAAAGGUUUGAAGGAAGUGGAAGUGUAAAAAGAUUGAAAAGGUUUUUGUUAAAAGCACUUUUGUCUCCAGGUUUUGUCUCGGAGGUUCGACAGGAAACAGAAGUUUGUGUCGUCGUUUUUAUGAAAUGUUGUCGUUGAUCCGUUCUGCUCUCAUGGUGCUCUGCGUUUUUAUACGAUGACUGCUUUACCUGAACACCAGAUGGACAUGUACAGCCCAUCAGCUGCCACCAUAAGCUGUUGUAACUCAUCAAAUGCUGAUUUUUUCUUUUUGUUAAAUAUAAAGUGAGUGAACUUUUC